CCUUCUUAUCCUGGUUUCGGAAUGGGCUGCUGGCCACGGGCAUCGGCGUGAUUUCCUACAUGCAGAGUGACAUGGGGCGGGAAGCGGCCUACGGUUUCUUCAUCCUCGGCGGGAUCUGUGUCUCGUACGGGAGCGCCUCCUACUUCGUCAGCCUCCUCCUCCUCCGCCGCACCAUGAUGCUCUCCUUCUCGGCCGCCCUCCUGAACUCGGCCGCCGUGGUGACCGUGGCCCUCUUCUGGCUCUGCGCCAUCUCCCUCUACAUCGGCCGACUGGAGGUGGAGAUCAUCCAGGAGGACGCCGGCGAGAAGAGGAAGGAGAACGGCAAGGCCGAGAAAUGAAGCGCCGGAGGGACUCUUCUGGACUCGAUGGGGACUCUGCGGGCGAUUCGGAAGGGAUGAGCUCCACGGCGGUUGGGUCGGAGGGGACCGCGGAAGGAGGAAGGUUGGCUGGCUGGCUCUCCUGCAGAAGUGCAAGAGUGGGCUUUCAAUUUAUUUCAGGAUCUUCCGGAUGGGGAGCAAAGGUUCGAAACCCUCCUUGGAGCGAAUGAGCUCUAGAAGCAUGAAUACUUGCUACUUAAGGAUCUUGGAUGCUUUUCACGAGUGGGCCCGCUUUGCAAAACCCCCUCCCCUUUCUGCUUCGACUCUGCUUUCUGGUUUCAGGUGUGCGUGUGUGUGUGUGAGAGAGAGAAUAAAAGCCAAUAAUUGUCUGAAUGUCUUCUGCAUAGCUUAUCUUGGCUUUUCCACUCUCGCUUGUCCUCUGGACUUCUUCCCCCAUCUCGCUUCUGUCGCUGGGCUGGUCAGUGAACAUUUAUAUUAAAGACACGCAAAGCAACUUUA